AUGGCGGCUGAGCAAAGCUGCAUGCAUACUGGUGAGCGGCCAGCCCUCUUCAGGUCCAAUGCCUCAGAUUUUGAGGAGCAAGACAGUGCAUCUGAGUCGGCGCACAGCCAUGAAUCCACAACUGUGUCAGCCGGAGAUGCCAGAUCUGCAAUUGAUUGUGGCCAACCGAAAAUCUACAACUACCACUCGGACCGUUUCUAUUUCCAGAGCAUUCAGCAUCAUCACCACACCCAUUGGAUUGAUGAGAUCAAUGUGGAGGAGAAUCAUGUGCAUAUCCAUGUCCACCACCAUCAUCACCAUGGCAACUCCAGGAAGAGGAGCAAGGACAGCAGUUGCAAUGAGAAAGUGUCCCAAUCCAGUCAGGAUGAGCAUGAGCAAGGAUCUGGAACCAUCAAGAAGGCGUCAAAGGUUGAAGCCAGUUUUGAAGGACCUGAGACGACCAAGACGGACAAGUUGAAUGGAGCCUCCACAGACUUAGAAGGACCUGACAAGACGGGGAUGGAAAAACAGGAUGAACCUGCCCAAGCUCAAGAAGGCGAGACGGCUCUUCAUGAAAAGCCUGCAGAAGGCUGCAGCAUUUGGCUGAAGCAGACCGCAAGAGGUAGAGUGGAAGGGAUUCUUUUCUUCCAACUUCCGGCACCGAUCAUGGGCAGCCAAGACUGGACCGUUCUUGACAGUAGCCAAGAGUUCAAAGGAGAUGGUGCUUCCAGUGUUUCAGAAUCUGGGGUGUCAUGUGAGGGCCCUAGUGUCAUUUUCAACUCAUUCAAAGAUCACGUCUACUUUCACAAUGUCAAGCACCAUGAGCACAAGAUCUACCGCAAGACUUCCGAUGUGAAGAGGGCCCGUGUUCAUGUGCAUGUGCACCAUCACCAUCACCACCACCUUGAUGAUGAUUGUUCAGACGAUGAAGGAAACCAGUGCUUGGAGAAGAUGCAGUCUGCAGCUGAAAAGUUGGCAGAAGGUGUUGUGAGUGAUUCCGGGGUGUCGGGAGGGUCUCCUCCAGCAGCGGUUGAGCAAGGAAACGAGGCAUAACGCCUUGUGGAAAACAUCUAGAUGUGACUGUGUGCCUGGGUACAUAGAUAUGUGGACUAUGGGAAACAUCCUUUGUUUUGAGAUCCGUCGUACUGCAACUAUUUUUUUGACAUUGUUUGGUUGAUUGCUGUUGUUCCGCCAUGUUGUUUAGGUGUUUUGAGCUGGUGGAUGGUCCCAUCGGAGUCCCAUCAAUCCUCUUUCCUCUACAGGUAGCUAGACUGCUGGGCCUUUCCAAAGGGCAAUGUUGGGCUUGAUUUGAGGGUAAGUAAGCUUCCUUCAUUGUCUGCAUCAUGGCCUGACCAUACGAGAUAGGAAAAAA